CACGCGUAAAAGGGAUGUCCCGGUACUUCACAGUCGAUAUAAAACAAGUAAGACACUUCAGACGCACAGAAAACAAUCUAGGGUAGUACUCAAGUUCAGACGGACUGUAAGUAAUAAUCUCUGGUAGUAAUCAACGUGCAGUCAUGUCGGCAAUGUGGAGCAGCGCAGUGGGUAAACCUCACCUUGGCCCAUGGCUUAUAGAGCAGGUGAAAAGCGGCCAAUAUAAGGGAUUGUACAUGAUCGACAAUGAUACUUUUCGGAUACCCUGGAAACACAAUGGACGAAAAGACCUAGAGGAUGAGGACAACAAAAUAUUUAAGGAAUGGGCUGUAGUUAGUGGUAAAAUCCAGGAGUACCCUCAUGACAAAGCAAAAUGGAAGCGGAAUUUCCGUUGUGCACUUAAUAGCCUGAAAAACUUCGAGAUUGUACAUGAUAACUCCCAAGACCAGGAUGAUCCCCACAAAAUUUUCCGCAUAAUACAUCCUCAGAAUCACCAAGUGACCCAGAACAUCGAGCCGAAUGUGCCAUUCAUUCCACAAGUGUACAAUACAACUGACAUGUCUCAAGAUAUGGAGCAAGACUUGCUUCACCAGAUGGAUACUAUAGAUCUGAAUCCACAAUAUACAGAGCCCCAACCAUGGGAGAGCUCCCAACAAAACAUACAGCCUGGCAUGAGCUACAACGGAUCCCCCGACUCAGGUGUGAAGGACCUUUGGAAUAACACGCCACCCCCUGUUCAGCUACCACAACCUAUAGAGAGCCCCAUCCUCUGUAACAUCAAUGACCUGGAGAUCACUAUCAGCUACAGAAAAACAGAGGUUUUUAAAGACUGCCUGAAUUCACAAUUGGUACAUUUUCACUACCAGUGUGACCCCUCCGAGCUGAAGGGAUUCCCCAUAUGCUUCCCGUCCACUGCUACUGCUAAUCUGAUCGACAGCGUACAGAUCAAACUCACUGAACGAAUCCUAGACAGCAUUCAGAGAGGCCUACAACUGGAAAUCACACCGAGCGGCAUUUACGGCUUCCGUCAGGACAGGUGUAUAGUCUAUGUCAGCACCAAGGACCCCUCCGAGAUCCAAAACCCAGAACCCAGGAAACUACAACGGGAAUUCAAAGAGGAACUGUUCAGCUUCGAGAAGUACUGGAUAGAUCUAAAGGAUUUCGUCGAGAAUAAACGAGGGUCUCCAGAUUACACCAUCUACCUGUGCUUCGGGGAGAAACUGCCUGAUGAAAAACCACUGAAUAAGAAACUUAUCAUUGUCAAAGUUGUACCGCUUAUAUGCCGUGAACUUCACAUGAUGGCUCAGAACGAAGGAGCGUCAUCUCUUAACGAAAACCUUAGCUUGCAAAUAUCUCAUCAUAACAGCCUUUUUGACCUUAUAAAUUCUUUGGGUCUGCCUUCGGCGGAUUGCAAUGCACUCUAAAACACACACACACACACACACACACACACACACACACACACACACAUAUUUAUUCAGUGAUUAAUGAAAACAUGUACAGUUGACACUUCAAACACCCCCCCAUGUUCAAAUCUAUUCCUUUGUAUAUAUGCAUGUAUAGUGUUUAUAUUGCACUUCUAACAGAAUAAAAAGUUAGAGCACUUAUCAGCAGAAAUUUCCAUGGGGAUUUUUGAAGGGUUUUUGGUUUUGUAAUAGGUCAAAUUUUUGUAAGAAAAGGCCUGAUUUUAUUGAGACUGUAUUUUUCAAAUGAGCAGACACUUUUCUCAUAAAAAUCUUCUUUGUAUUUACAUUUACAUCUUCUUGUGAAGAGUCUUGCACACAUCGUCCCAAAGAGACGAAUUUGCAUUGCUUAUUAUAGUGUAUUGCUUCUUUGCACAUGUUGUAAGUUUGGUGUCAAAUUACAAAAUAAAUGAAUCACUAUUUAAACUCAGUAA